CAGGGGACUCCUUCACUCAAUUCCGUUUUUCUGAGGAGAAGGAGUGGGAGAUGGACUCAUUGGCGACCAAUCAGGUAAAUAUGAUAUUGCCUUUCCUCUGUUCCUCUUCAAGUUGUCUUUCCAGUAUAGAUCACUCUCUCUCUCUCUCAGUGAACGGUCCAGUCAGCUCUACCAGUGCUCAAUAAGAUCUUGUUGCCAAUAGUGUUUGAUGUGUUUAUCUGUCUUCAGAGAGUGAUUAGGUAGUGGCUAGGGCGUUGUUUUGGUACUAGUCUAUUUUGUCUCAGGAGUUGAUCAGUGCUCUCUCCCCCUCCCCCUCUCCCUCUCCUCCCUCUCUCUCCUCCCAUCUCUCCCUCCCUCACGCCUCCCCUCUCUCCUCCCCUCUCUCCUCCCCUCUCUCCCUCCCUCUCUCCCUCCCUCUCUCCCCCUCCCCCUCUCCCCCUCCCCCUCUCCCUCUCCUCCCUCUCUCUCCUCCCCUCUCUCCCUCCCUCUCUCCUCCCCUCUCUCCCUCCCUCUCUCCUCCCCUCUCUCCCUCCCUCUCUCCUCCCCUCUCUCCCUCCCUCUCUCCCUCCCUCUCUCCCCCCCUCCCCCCUCUCCCUCUCCCCUCCCUCUCUCUCCUCCCUCUCUCCCUCCCUCCUCUCCUCCCCUCUCCUCCCUCCCUCUCUCCUCCCCUCUCUCCCUCCCUCUCCCCCUCUCUCUCUCCCCUCUCCCUCUCUCCCCUCUCUCUCCCACCCCCUCUCCCUCCCACCCCCUCUCUAUCUCCCCUCCACCCCCCUCUCUAUCUCCCCCUCCCUCAGUUGUCAGCAGUGUUUGUGGACCUCCCAGCCCUGGCCCAGUCUCUACAGGAGCUGCCUCUUCACCUCAGACUGAACCUGGAGCCUGAACUAGUCCAGGUAGGUACUGAUGCAGUCUGACUUACUUGACUUCAACCUUUUUGCUCCAUUGGGUUUGGUGUUGGACACAUUGACUACCUCGGGCAUCUAGACUAGCGUAUUCAGAAGUGUUGUAAUAUUACCAUGGAAACCUCAAAAGUGUUGAAUUAUUUCUGUUAUCAGAGCAUUCCCAGAUAGUCAUUGUCUAAGUAUGGGUAAUGUAAUGGUCAGUCACCAAGUGUGUUUGGGUUGAAUCCAGAUGAUUAAUCUAAUCCUGUGGUUAUAUAUCAGGUGACCUCUCCGGUGGAGCUACCCACUAUGACCUUGGCACCCAAACAGGACUCUGUAGCGCUGGGUAUGUUCAAGCCUCCUGUCCCAGCAGCUCAGAAAGGCCUUACUCCAAGCCUUGGCGUUUCCUGUGCUGUGAGCACAGCCCCAUGCACUGUUCCUCUGGGCUCCUCAGCAGCCAAGACUCCUGUGGUGGAUGACAUGGAUAAGGAGUUGGACCAGCUGCUCACCCUACAGAGCCCAUUCUCAGAACCUUCUGGCAGGCUUGUGGAGGUUCCAGAUAAACGUGAGUACUGUUCUGCAACGUUGUAAUUAGAUUAUACAAGGUUGCAGAUCAAUUCAGUGCGGGAAAAAAUACCUUGUUGCUUCAACAACCCAUCACUUAACAGUAACCUAAAGAAAGGCGUUGAUAAUUUGCUAGCAACAUACAGAGAAACAAGAUGGAAUGUUGUUGGUUCAUCCACUUUAUCUGUGUGAGUACUAGGGAGAGUGCAACUUUCUGUGGUUUAUUUUUUUUUCCAUCAGCAUUAGAGGAGAGGGAGGAGCUGGUUCCAGAGGAGGAGAGGGAGGAUAAGAAGCAGGAGACACAGCAGGUCAAGGAGGAGAUUCAGAAGGAGGAUGUGGCUGCACCUCCUAAGGCAGAGGUAGCAAAGGAGGUGGUGACAGAGGAGGACCUGGAAGACUGGCUGGACAGCAUGAUCUCCUGACCUCUGACCCUGUCACACAGCCUGGCCUGGGAGCAGGACCGUCCAGUCCCCCUCAGCCCGCAACUCAGCCCCCAACUCAGCCUUAACAGUCACGAUGACCUCUGACCCUGUCACACAGCCUGGCCUGGGAGCAGGACCGUCCAGUCCCCCUCAGCCCGCAACUCAGCCCUUAACAGUCACGAUGACCUCUGACCCUGUCACACAGCCUGGCCUGGGAGCAGGACCGUCCAGUCCCCCUCAGCCCUCAACUCAGCCCCCAACUCAGCCCUUAACAGUCACGAUGAGGAGUACCUCCCUUAGCUCCGUAACUCAGCCCCCUAACAGUCUUACAUCAUAUUCUACUCCACCACUGCACAGUCAAGACAUGGAGCACUGCUUAUAUAACAGCAGAUUCAUUAAUUGACAUUUCAUGAUGGACAAUCAUUAGAUCGACUUUGGAUGAAGGCAUUGUUGAUUUAAGAUAGCCAAUUAUAGAAUAUACUUUUCACAAAUGCUGUUGUUGGGAGUUCUUUCCCUCCCAUUUGACUGAUUCACAUGUCAAAUCCCAUGUUGUCUCCAUCCUACCGACUACCCUGGAUGGUCUGAUAGCCUGAACUAGUGGCUUGUGGCUACAGAGAUGGGACUGUGGGUCUGGCAGCAGAGCUCUGUGAGCUGAUGUUUAACCGCGCUUUGUACCCUUCAAAGGAUGGAUCUUCUAUUCCUUUUGCCUUGUCAGACACUGAAAGGGAGUCACACAGAUUUCCCCUCUGAAAGGUUUCUGUAAUGGGAUCGGUGUUGUGAGUCAGUUGACAGCCCGUGGAAUACAGACAUGGUUUAUUGGUUACUUUAGUCAUUUCCAUCCUCCCUUCUCGAAGAUAAAUGCAGUUUACCAAAGCUACUACAUAUAUAAAUAGCCAUACAAUAGCAGCUCACUGCUUUUCUGUCUUUGUGUGUUCAAUAAAUCCUGAACUGUG